UAAUAUAAUAUAAAUGUGUGAAAAGAAAAAUGAGAGAAAGCAAAAUAUUGAGGUUCCUGUCAUCUAUUGCCUAACUUCCUUCUCUCCUUUCCCUUUUCUCUCUCUUAAUCAAUUUGAUUCGAGUAUGAUCCCAAUCCUCAUCUUUCCUCUUUCACUGACUUCCCCUUGUUGAUAUUCAGAGCAAUUCUGUGUUUCUUCAAAGCAUUUUCGGGCAUAAGUUAGUAAGAAGCGGCAUAGCAGCAAAAGGUGUGUCAUGGAUAGUUCUCCCUCUAGAAAAUUGGACUCUAAUGUUUCCGAACUCACCCCAGAAACUCAGACAUCUAAAAGAAGGAAGAUGGUUGAGAAGAUUGUUGUUAGAGUGAGGAUUGGAGAAAAUGCUCGGAAAUUAAAGAACGAAGGGCCACCUUCUGAUUUCUGGUCUUGGAGGAAAUAUGGGCAAAAACCUAUCAAAGGAUCUCCUUAUCCAAGGGGCUAUUACAGGUGCAGUACAUCAAAGGGCUGUUCAGCCAAGAAACAAGUGGAAAGAUGCAGGACAGAUGCUUCGGUACUCAUCGUUACUUACACCUCAAAUCACAACCAUCCAGGUCCUGAUCUCCAUGACUCUAACGUGAACCAACAACCAAGAGAUCCAGAAACCCCACCGACUGAUCUUGUAGAUCAUCCCAUAACUCCCAAACAAGAGAAACCAGAAGAAGAAACAGGAGAAAGGCACGAUCAUCCCAUCAUGCCAAGCACUGAUGAAGAUGUCAGUGAAGGUCACAAUUUUCACUACUUAGAAUCCCCAAUAAGAAUUCCUCAAGAUAUCAUGAUUAGCCAGGACUACCCUUUCACUGAGAACUCGGAGAAAAGUCAUGACAUUGUCUUCGACGAAGAGCCCAUCUGUUGCUCCAGACUGAUGACAUUUUCAGCACCCAAAACAGAAGAGAACAAUGACUUCUUUGAUGAACUAGAAGAGCUACCCCACAUCUUCGUCUUUCACUAGCUUCACGAGGGGCAGUUUUUUCGAUGAAAGGAUUCCUGUUGUCCCUUCUUGAUUCUAGUUAUUGUUUAUAUAUUUUUUUGCCUUUUGGGGCUUCCUGCCUGGAAAAAUGUAGUUAAAAAUGUCCAUGUACAAUAUAGGGCACUUCUAGUGGUAGUUGUUACUUGUGUAGUUUUUCUUCCAAGUGAGUAAAGUAGUAAUAAAGUUGCACACUAACACAGAAGGUAGUGGAGUAAUGUAUCAUCUUUUAUAA